AUGACAAGUCAACAAAAAGGAUGGGUUGUUGUAAAUACAAACCGUAAUAAUAUCGGUACGAGAGAGUUGUCACCAUCAAAGUUAUUAUUCAAUGAAGCCAUCCCUGCAUGUACCAGCAAUCGUGCCACUCGUGUAGAUCCACCAACUACAAUUGUGAUAGAGAAGCUAAUGCCUUUUCCGGAGGAGCACACACUUGAAGACAAUAGCAAAAGCUCCAUCAGCUUCACAGCUUUGUCUGAGGAAAGGCUCAAUGCAGCUGUGAAACUGGCCAAAAGGGACUUGAGACGAAGACAACUUGAUUCACUGAACAAAUCACCCCUAAAACAGAUGCAUACAGCUUCACUCCUCGAAAGUGAUGUAGAACUGUUGAAGGAGUUUAGAGUGUCACCAAGUAAAGUUAAGCUAAAGGCUUCUAGUCAAAAAGACGCUAAAUCAAGAGGCAGACUGAUAGACCACACAUCUAAUAAAUCAACAACAACACAUAGGCCACCGGUUCGUCAGAGAGCAGAGGAGCUGGCUUGCAGAGAAAGGACAGAUCUUGAACCACUGGAGCAAGAGGAGCAAAGCAAGCUUGAUAUUCGCAAACAGAAGCAAACCGCUCGUUCUGCAAGUAUUAUCUACGCUCUUCAGCAUCAGGUAAAAGAAAUACAAGAACAUUUAGACAAGGGGCAUCCUCAGAAAACAAAGUCAACAUCGCUUCGGAGACUUGCAGCAGCUCAUCGUGGUGCCCUGCGAGCGCUGCAUGCUUUCAUACAACAACUCUCAGAUACCACUCACUGUACAAAUUGGCCUAAUUUUAAAGAUUUAGGCCAGCUUCUUCGCCAACUGUGUCUGUGCUCUACUAAAGCGGAGUUUAAUGAAAAGUCGCCAGUGCCCCAGUCUGCCCAUGACAUUCUACAAAAGCUGCAGAGUUUAGAUUCGGCCCUGAGUAAACAAAACAUGCUCAGAAAGAAUCAAGUUCAAGCUUGCCCUCCACCCAGGGAGUCUCAUCACAGUGCAUCAAUAACUGCCUGCCAAGGGGCCAAUGAUUAUAUUCACCAAACAUCUAAAUUUGUAAAAACGACAAAAAGCGUGAAGGGAAAGAAAAAGGCUCCAAGAAAACCCAAGGCUGUAUCAUAUGUGCUGACACAUAGGAGAGAUGUUCUGCGAGCCGGUGUAGAAAAACUUGCCCAGCAGAGGGAGCAAUGGCACAAAGUUGAUGGACCUCUGAGGAACACAACUCAGAAUAAAAAAAAUCAGGCGGACAAUACAAAUUUCCUUCUGCCUACGGUUUCAUCUCGACUCAGAAUAAACCAGCUCCCUCAGAAAGAGCCAUCUGUGCCCUGGAUACCGGCGUCGCCCCACUCUCCUCCUCAGCAGCGAAUGCUUCAACCAAAAGCAAGACCAGAGCCCCGGUGUCUCUUUUCACCUGACAAAAGCCCUCGGAACCCGGUCAAAGUCAGGGGCUUGUCCAAAGCAGAGCCCUUUUUAAACUUAGAAAGGAAACAACAAGCCCAGGAAGAAGCAUUGAGGAGAGUUUGGUUGGAUAAGAUGACAACGCAGCGACUCCAAGAGCUUCAGCAGAUCAGUGACUUUGAAGUGCAGCGCCUCCAGUUAUUAAGGUCUGCAGUGAUAUCACCAACUCAGAGGGCUGAAGGAGAACAGAAUGAAAAUGAAAAUAUUCAGCCCUUUCUAGAGCAACCACAACAGUUUGUUGAUUCUAGAUGUAUUUCCCCUCCAAGCAACAGACUAAAGGAACACAUUGCACAUGGGUGUUCAGAAAGUGUGGAGCCGCUGAGUGCGUCUCUCCUGGAGGACACGGCCCUCCCGUGGGCGGUGCAGGAGGAGGACAUGGCCCUGCGCACCGUGCAGACGGACACUCUGGAGAACAUGCUUGUUCGAAUGGAGGAAAUCCAGAGGGACCAGGAUGAAGUGAGAAGACGAGUUACAUCUAUUAUAUAUUCAGAUCCUCUUAACUGGGACAAACCACAAGGCACAGGCAAAGGUCUUGCUUCCAGGCCAUCUUCUCCUCAACCAAUUAGACUCACCCAACCAGUGCUGAGGCAGACUCCCACCGUCGAUAUAAUCCUGGAAAAACCUUUGGAGACUGGAGUCUUCUUCGAGACCAGGUCGACGGUGGAGGAAGGUUCCCAGGUCACGAGCAGCACAGCUUUCCCAGCCACGGCGCAAAGAGGCAAAGGUGCGGUUCUCUCCGUGCCGAGCCGCACUCUGAGGAACAUACAGCAAUAUCGGCGAGACUACGAGGCUUACCGGGAAUCUGCGGGUCAGAAGAGCACCGGGGGAAUCACGCCUUGGGUCAUUGCAGACAGUCUGGCAGAAGAGCUGUUGGCGGAGGCGUUGGCGGAUGUGGCGGCGGAGUUUCAAGAUGUGGUCGAGGAGUACGCUGAGGCCGUCUUCACGUCCGAGUUUCUUCAGCCUGUACAGUCCCCUUCAGCUCAGGCAACGACAUCAUGA